CACAGCGGCAGCGGCGGCUGCGGGUUGCGCGAGCCGAGUGUGAGCGGAAAGGGGCCCGGCGCCUGCCCCGGGGCUGAAGAGCGGUGAGUAACCGUCACGCUCCACGCCCUAGGAGGACGUCGGGCCCUGUCGGGGGUUACGGCCUCUCCGCAAAACGCGGCCUUUCCUGACGUAACUCUGAGGAAUGUGAGGUGAAGGAGAACAGGAAGCCAGCCAACGAGCUCACCUCCCAUCACCAGUACCUCUUAUGAUGCACUGUGUACAGCAGGCUCACAAACACUCGGGAGAGGAAGAGAGAAGAAAGAUGUGUACUUGCCAGAUAAACUGCAGGAUGGAGGGACUGCUGCAUUACAUCAACCCAGCACAUGCCAUCUCUCUGCUCAGUGCCCUCAAUGAGGAGCGCCUCAAGGGACAGCUGUGUGAUGUGCUUCUGAUUGUUGGGGACCAGAAGUUCCGUGCUCAUAAGAACGUCUUGGCUGCCAGCAGUGAGUACUUCCAGAGUUUAUUCACGAAUAAGGAGAACGAGGCACAGACUGUCUUUCAGCUGGACUUCUGUGAGCCUGAUGCUUUUGACAACGUUCUGAACUACAUUUACUCUUCUUCCCUUUUUGUGGAGAAGGGCAGCCUGGCUGCUGUGCAAGAGCUGGGGUAUAGCCUUGGUAUCUCCUUCCUGACCAACAUUGUUGCCAAAGCCCCUCAGGCUCCUUUUCCAGCCUGUCCCAACAGGAAAAGAGUACCGGUGGAAGAUGAUGAGACCAGCUCUCAAAAGCGAAGUGUCAUUGUAUGUCAGGGCAGAAGCGAAGUGCCAGGGAAAGCCAGUGGUCCAGCUGUGCAGGAUCUCAGCCAUGCUGCCCGGGCCUCCCCUAGUGGUUCAGUCAAGACCAGCACCAGUAAGCCACAUGUAGCCAAGCCACCAGAACAGUUUCACAGUCUGUCCUUAACUGAAAAGAGCUGGCCGAAGGAUAGUGCUGCAGUAUAUGCAAAGUCUCUGGAACAGUCUGGGGCUUUGGAUGAUCCUAACAGGGGCAGUUUGGUAAAAAGAAAUGCAGUCCUGCCCCCACAGCCUUCACAGGACAGGGAGGCCACAGACGAUAAACCAGGGGUGAGUAGCCAGCUUCCCAAGGGGAAAGCUAUAGAGCUGGCUCUGAAGAGACCACGGCCACCUGUCCUGUCUCUUCGUAGCUCAUCAGAGACUCCAUAUCUCUUAAAAGAAACUAGCAAAGGAGGUGGUCAGGGGGAGGAUAGGAACUUGCUCUACUACUCUAAGCUAGGCCUGGUGGUCCCAUCCAGUGGGCCCGCUUCUGCAAACCAGAGCAUUGACAGAAGCGGCCCACUAGUGAAAAGCCUCCUCAGGCGGUCACUAUCUAUGGACAGCCAAGUUCCUGUCUACUCCCCAUCUAUAGAUUUGAAGUCAUCCCAGGGAUCAUCCACGGCAGCAAAUGAGGCACCGGGCAGUGUGUUCUGUGCGAUGUCUCAAAAGUCAUCUUUAAAAGAAUGCAGUGAAAAAAAAGCCCUGGAUGACAGGCCUCAAGUGCUUCAGCCUCAUCGUCUCAGGUCCUUUAGUGCUUCUCAGUCGACAGACAGGGAGGGGUCCUCCCCUGUGACUGAGGUGCGCAUUAAGACCGAGCCCAGCAGCCCACUGUCGGACCCCUCAGACAUCAUCCGGGUCACUGUGGGAGAUGCAGCAGCAGCAGCUACAAGAGACCUGCCCCUCAAAACAGAGGACGAUCAGAGGGAUAUGAGCAGACUCCCAGCAAAGAGAAGGUUCCAGGCAGACAGAAGGUCACCCUUGAAGAAGGCAAGGGCAAAUGAGCACGGGCCUGCUGUCUCAGAAGAGAACUGUGAAGAGGGCAGGAGCCCUCCUUCCCUUGACAGCAACUUCCCAGAUUCUGACUUAAACAGAGAGGAGUUUGGUGAGUUGGAGGGGACGAGACCAAACAAAAAAUUUAAAUGCAAACAUUGCCUUAAGAUUUUUAGAUCAACUGCGGGUCUUCACCGCCAUGUUAACAUGUACCAUAACCCAGAGAAGCCUUAUGCUUGUGACAUCUGUCACAAGAGGUUUCAUACCAACUUCAAAGUGUGGACACACUGUCAGACCCAACACGGCAUAGUGAAGAACCCAUCGCCAGCCACUAGUUCCCAUGCAGUAUUGGAUGAGAAAUUCCAAAGAAAGCUGAUUGACAUAGUGAGAGAGAGGGAGAUUAAGAAGGCCCUGAUCAUUAAGCUGAGGCGCAGCAAGCCUGGCUUCCAGGGACAGAGUAGCUCCCCAGCACAGCAAGUCAUCAAGAGGAACUUGCGCUCCCGAGCCAAAGGGGCCUACACUUGUGCCUACUGUGGCAAGGCAUACCGCUUUCUCUCUCAGUUUAAGCAGCACAUAAAGAUGCACCCAGGAGAGAGGCCCCUCGGAGUGAGCAGAGCUUCUAAGCCAAAAGAGCAGGCUCUGGCACGCGCGGUAGAGAGCAAGGAGGUUUACCCGUGCCGCCUCUGUAAUGCUAAGCUCUCUUCUCUUCUAGAGCAAGGCAACCACGAGCGCUUGUGCCGGAACGCCACCGUUUGCCCUUACUGCAGCCUCAGGUUCUUCUCCCCCGCACUGAAGCAGGAGCAUGAGGACAGGUGUGAGUACAAAAAGCUGACCUGCCUGGAGUGCAUGCGUACCUUCAAGUCCUCCUUCAGCAUCUGGCGGCACCAGGUAGAAGUGCACAACCAGAACAACAUGGCUUCAGCAGAGAACAUCUCCCUGCCCACCCUGGACCACAAUGGUGAAGUGGCAGCUGCUUCCAGGUUUCAGGCUGAGCCUAGCAAGGUAAACCAUGUGGCUGCUCCAAAAGAGGACACAGCAUUUAGUGAUUCUUCAGAGCAAGUGAACUUUGAUUCUGAGGAUUCCUCCUGCCUCCCUGAAGACUUGAGUCUUUCAAAGCAACUGAAAGUUCAAGUCAAAGAGGAGCCUGUGGAGGAGGCUGAGGAGGAAGCUCCUGAGGCCAGUGCAGCUCCCAGGGAGGCUGGCCCCAGCAAGGAGGCAGGCCUAUGGCCCUGUGAGAAAUGUGGAAAGAUGUUCACGGCACAUAAGCAGCUGGAGCGACAUCAGGAGCUGCUGUGUUCCGUGAAGCCCUUCAUCUGCCACGUAUGCCACAAAGCUUUCCGUACCAACUUUCGGCUCUGGAGUCACUUCCAGUCCCACAUGUCUCAGGCCACAGAAGAGCCUGCACAAAAAGAGGCAGAGAUGUGUCCUGUGCCCACAAACUCCCCCUCACCACCACCUCUGCCACCUCCACCACCCUUGCCCAAGAUUCAGCCCCUGGAGCCUGACAGCCCCACAGGCCUGCCUGAGAACCCGACCCCAGCCACAGAGAAGCUGUUUGCACCCCAGGAGUCAGACACCCUCUUUUACCACGCUCCACCCCUUUCAGCAAUCACAUUUAAAAGACAGUUCAUGUGCAAGCUCUGCCAUAGGACAUUCAAGACCGCCUUCAGUCUUUGGAGUCAUGAGCAGUCACACAAUUAAAGGAUGUUCCCCUCUCACCUGUCACAGAACAACAGGCCCUUUGCUUGUGAACUGUGUCCUAAAACAAAAUAUUAAAUAAUAAUAAUAAAGG